AGUCAGUUAAACAGCGGCGAACUUGCGGCAUACUUUAAACUUUUUCCUUUUUUAGGUGAGUAAUAAACCGAAUUGUUUGUUAUCGUUAAACGUAGUUUUUUCACGAUUAUUUAAGUGCGAUUAAAUACUAGCGGUUUGGUUGGUUGACGAGUAAACGAUAUAUUAAUAUUAUAUAUAUAUAUAUAUAUAUAAAUUUAUAUGGAAAUAUUAAUAGAUUAUAUAUAUAUAUACAGUAUAUAUAUAUAUAUAUAAGCAAUGCGGCUUUUAAAGUGAAGAAAGUAAAUAUUGUUGAGAGUAAAGUAAAGUUUGUAACUAAAACCAGGGAAACCAAUUUUAAUCCGUCUAAAAAUCGAUAGGUUGUCAAACUUUUUAGAUGCAUCUAUAACAAACAAGUAGACGGUGUCUAAUCUAGUCGCAUCAAGUGACAUUAAGUAUGCUUUUUCUGUUGAGUUUGUCUUAAGCUACACCCGUUGCGAGAUUGUUCAUUGAUAAUUACAGGGCGGGCCAAAUGUCUCUAUCUCCAUCUCACUCGUCAACACUUCCUCGUUCCUCCUUUCCCCCUAUUUCUAUUCCCCCUUCUCUCUCUUCUAUUUUUUAUCUAUUUGUUUUUUUUUGUCAAACCAUCGCUGUUCGUGCUGAAAUGUCUUUUGAGAAAAACCGCUGGGCUUCCUCAUAGCCUAAGGCCGACAGCUUAUUUUCGUCUUAAAUGAAUUCUUUUAUGAGUGUAAAUCAUAAUUCUGUAAAAAAUCCCACUAUUACGGUGGUAUGCUCGGCACCGCACUGACGUCUUUGUAAAACAUAUUGAAGGGAGGACUUUCACGUAAGACGAGAAACUUCAAUCAGCACAAUGGCAUGAGAAACUUCGAUCAGCUCCGAAGAGACAUUGAUUUAUCAUGGUUCGAUCUAAUUCAUAUGCAGGUGUUGUCAGUUAAUUUUCACCAAUUUGCAUCUUUUGUGAAUUCCUUUUCAUUAAGCCGCCCACCUCAUUUAUUUUAAAUGAAACAAAGCUAUAUACUUUCGCCGCUUUCUGUUGGUCGCAUUAAGCAUUUAAUUAAUUUCCAUUUGGUUUCCAAGAACUACCAACUUUUUCAACCAAUCGAAAUCGAUUUGUUUUUCUCUUUCCUAUCAUUGAUUUGUCAGCUCCGUCUAUUCAUUUCUCGCCCCUUGACAAACAUUUAACAUAGCGGAUCGAAGAAUGAUUCUCCUCUUCUGGAGAAUUUUUUCCUUUCCCCCAAUUACGUAAUUAUAGGUAUUGAUUUAGGUCCCUCUCCCCUUUCCCCCUCCCUUACAGUCUAUCAACUAUCUAUUACUAUUAAUCGUACGGUAUAUAGAAACCGAUUUAUUGAUUUUUUUUCAACUCUUUAAAAAAAAAAACCUUCCUAAAUGUUAGAGCACAAUCUAUUGUUUAUUAAAAUAAGAAACGUUAAAUAACGAACGAUGUGAGAUAGAUACACUUCGGAUCGAGUAGUUGUUAUUUCGAAUAUGGGAUGGGAGGGGGAAAAAACUCGUAAAAAUAUCCGAUUUUGAGACGAGAAGUAAAUGAAUGAAUGUUUUCCCUUAAAAAAUCAGAAAGUAGACUAAGAACAGAAAUGAAAAGAACGAGAAAGAGAAGGAGAAGAAAAGAAUAAGAGGAGAAAGGAAGAGAGAAUGAAAGAAGUUUUAAGAGAAAUACUUAUCACAUUAUAUAGAAGAGAAAAUUUCAUCUGGCGAAAUAUAAUCUUAAAUUUAUUAAUUAUUGAUUAUCGAUUAUUAUUAUAAGUAUUAUAACUCUUAUUGAGUUUGUAAAGUACCAUUGAAAGACGUAAACAAACUGAAUGAAUUGCAAACAAAAAAAACUAUCAAGUGAAAUCAUCGAAACCCCGUGUAAAGAAUGGAAAGAUGAAAAAAUUUACACAACCUGCUAUUAGAUCGAUAAAGUCGUCAUAUGUGAGAAAAAUUUGAUAGACAUUUCAACAAAAAGACAGCCAGAAGCAUCUGUUGGACAAACAAUAUGGGAUUGAUCUGCAAACUAAUAGGCCUAUUUUUGUAUAGGGCGUAUAUCGAACGCCAAUCCAGCUCUCGAGCGUCCUUAUAGACGCCUGAGAGAACGUCGUGACUUAAAAAGCUUGAAAGAAACACGACUAGAAGCAAGUCGAUCCCGUAAAAAGCUAAUGAUAGACGUGACGUAGCAGACGAACGACAAGAGGCGAAACAACGAUGCUAACCCUGCAAAUUAUCUUUCUCAGCAUAGUCGGAUUGGUACUACCAUCGAAGCUAAAGUCGAAUGCCAGCGAUCUUCAUAAGAUUGUCAGUAAAUUGUUUGCGGAAAAGUACGAUGGAGAAAUUCGGCCAAAUGUUGAGAAUGAUCAGCCAGUCAAGUGCUAUUUGAAUUUCAGGAUAAAUUCAAUGUCAGCUUUAAGAGAAGUGUCGAUGGAUUAUAAUGUCAAUAUCUACCUUCGACUCCGGUGGAAUGAACCUCGUCUAUCUUAUGGUCAUCAUAAGGGAUACGAAAAUGGCAGUUAUACUCUGUCGCACAAACAAUUUUCCAAGCUUUGGAUUCCCGAUGUAUUUAUUAAGAAUGAAAAGGACGGCAAACUACAUGAUUUAGUGCUACCGAAUCGAUUGUUGCGUUUGUACCCUAAUGGCAAUAUUUUGUACAGUCAAAGACUUAGCUUGACAUUAGCAUGCGAAUUGGAUUUGGCUCGUUUUCCUCUUGAUAAUCAAACGUGUAAUUUCGUCUUCGCCAGUUACGCUCAUACAUUAAAGGAUCUGGAAAUUCUUUGGGAUAACGAAAGAAACGCUACCGCUGUGGCCGAAGGCUUAAAACCACCUGAAUUUGAAUUGCUUGAAAUUAGCGGUCGUUACUGCACGUCUGGAACGUCGACAGGAGCCUACGCAUGCCUGGAAGCCAUUCUUAAAUUUCAGCGUAAAGUCAACUAUUACCUCAUUCAAGUAUAUUUACCAUCUUUGUUGGUUGUUGUUUUGUCGUGGGUCUCCUUUUGGAUCGAUACGGAUGCCGUACCGGCGAGGAUAACAUUAGGACUGUUGACAGUCCUAACGAUGACUACGCAGAGUUCUAACUUUGCCGCCAGAAUGCCUCGCGUGUCAUACGUAAAGGCCAUAGAUGUUUGGAUGGCUAUGUGUCUGGUGUUUGUAUUUGGCGCUUUAAUUGAAUAUUCCUUUGUCAACGUCCUUGCGAGAAGAGCAAAGCCAAAACAGGAGAAUAUGAUAGCCGCACUCGUUAAACAAGUACAUGUUCAUACAAAUACAGCGGCGAACGGUGGUGAGGGGAGGAGAUCGCUAGCCAAAGAUCCGAAAGGACGAGACGAAGCCGAAACAGAACUUAUGCUAAGGGACGGCGAUAAGGUGAAUACUGCUGUAUGCGCUCAGUCCUGUUCGAAGACUAUGAAGAACAAAGCAGGCUUAGUGGAUAGAUUUAGCAGGUUCAUGUUUCCUCUGGCGUUCGGUAUUUUUAACUUGUUCUACUGGGUUUUCUACUUGACAAAUAAGAGCUCUAACCAAAGACGUUGAAUUUAAAGAGAUUCUACUGCAACAACUGCUGAUUAUCCUUUACUAAGAUGGGAAAACUUCAAAUUUAUAGACAAACAAACUAUAAUUAAAAGAGAAAAAAAUGAAAAAAAGAACAGACAGUAAAUACGGUAUAGAUAAAUUGCUAAAGAAUUAUUUACUACUGUACAUACUGUACAUUCAUCCAUGUAUGUGGCCAUAAUUUAUAUGUAUACGUCAAAAUAGUAAUAGAGAUACAAAUACUAAUAAUACUACUAACGAUAGUAAUAAGAACAAUAAUAACGAUCAAAAAUAAUAUUAUUAUCCAUUACAAUAUCACAUAAUAAAGCAGAAAAAGAGGAAGAGGAAGAAAAAACUCCUGUGUGUUGUUACUAUUAAUCGCACAAUCCCGUAACUGGGUACUGGAGUAGCCUGUAGCAAAAAGCUCGUACUUUUUUAAGAUAGCUGAUGGCCC